GGUUACGUUGUUAGUGUGUAUGAUGCCCACAGCUGCUUCGAUACUGUCACAGGACCUAGAGCUGUCUUCACGCAAGUCCCGCCUGCGUCCGGAUGGAAGCGAUGGGAGGGCUGCGUGCUGGCUGCUCACAAAAGCCUGUGCUCGCAGCUUGCAGGAUGGCGGAUACAGACCUUUUUAUGGAAUGUGAGGAGGAGGAGCUGGAGCCAUGGCAGAAAAUCAGCGAUGUGAUUGAAGAUUCUGUUGUUGAGGACUAUAAUUCGGUUGAUAAAACUGCUACGGCUGGCAAUCCACUUGUUCAGCAGGGUGGACAGCCUCUCAUCCUCGCACAGAACCCAUCCUCAGGCCUGGGCACGAUGGUGACCCAGCCCGUGUUACGGCCUGUCCAGGUCAUGCAGAAUGCCAACCAUGUGACAAACUCUCCAGUGACCAGCCAGCCCAUCUUCAUAACGACCCAGGGAUUUCCUGUGAGGAAUGUGCGACCUGUGCAAAACACAAUGAAUCAAGUUGGAAUUGUUCUGAAUGUGCAGCAAGGUCAAACAGUCAGACCCAUUACCCUAGUCCCAGCCCCAGGUACCCAGUUUGUUAAACCAACAGUUGGCGUUCCCCAAGUGUUCUCUCAAAUGGCCCAGGUGAGACCAGGUACAACCAUGCCGGUCCGACCCACCACCAACACUUUCACUACAGUCAUUCCGGCCACGCUUACCAUCAGGAGCACUGUACCACAGUCCCAGGCACAACAGCAAAUGAGUAUCGCGAGCUUUGUGACCGUGAAGAGACCUGGUGUGACUGGUGAGAACAGCAACGAGGUUGCUAAGCUAGUGAAUACCCUGAAUACGAUUCCCUCCUUAGGCCAGAGUCCUGGCCCACUUGUGGUUUCUAACAGCAGCCCUGUGCAUGGCUCGCAGAGAUUGAGUGUUGCAGAGUCUUCAUCAUCUUCAUCAUUAAAAGUCAGCUCAUCUCCUAUUACCACAUUUGAUUUGCAAGACGGUGGCAGGAAGGUCUGCCCAAGAUGCAAUGCCCAGUUUCGAGUCACUGAAGCUUUAAGAGGACAUAUGUGUUACUGCUGUCCUGAAAUGGUUGAAUUCCUCAAGAAAGGAAAAUCUCUAGAGCCAGAACCAAAUAUUCAAUCUGCAAAGCCACCCUCACCAGAAAAAAAUACAGCUGUUGCUUCACCACCCUCUUCUACCCCUGUUCCUGCAUUAUCCCCCCCUGCUAAAGCUCCAGAGCCAAAUGAAAACAUGGUUGACUCAUCCCAAAGCAAGCUYAUUAUGUUAGUGGAUGAUUUCUACUACGGCAGAGAUGGUGGCAAAGUGAAUCAGCUGCUGAACUUCCCCAAGGUUCCCACUUCCUUCAGGUGUCCGCACUGCACCAAGAGGCUAAAGAACAACAUACGGUUUAUGAAUCAUAUGAAGCACCAUGUUGAGCUAGACCAGCAGAAUGGAGAGGUGGACGUCCAUACCAUCUGUCAGCAUUGCUACAGGCAGUUUUCCACUCCGUUCCAGCUACAGUGUCAUUUAGAGAAUGUUCACAGUCCCUAUGAAUCAACAACAAAGUGCAAGAUUUGUGAAUGGGCAUUUGAGAGUGAACCGAUGUUUCUACAGCACAUGAAGGAUACACACAAACCUGGGGAGAUGCCAUAUGUUUGUCAGGUCUGUCAGUAUCGUUCAUCGCUCUACUCCGAAGUGGACAGCCAUUUCCGAAUGAUCCACGAAGACACUCGGCACCUGCUCUGCCCUUAUUGUCUCAAAGUCUUUAAGAACGGCAAUGCUUUCCAGCAGCAUUUCAUGAGGCAUCAGAAGAAGAGUGUUUAUCAUUGCAACAAGUGUAGACUGCAGUUCCUGUUUGCCAAGGAUAAAAUUGAACACAAGCUGCAGCACCACAAAACUUUCCGAAAGCCCAAGCAACUUGAAGGACUGAAACCCGGAACCAAGGUUACAAUCAGGGCAUCUAGAGGACCGCCACGAUCAGUGCCAAUAUCUUCAAACGACCUGGCCCAGGGCAUGGGCCAGGAAACUGCUCCGUUGACAUCUUUGACAGAUCCUCAGCCCAUCUUCUUGUAUCCACCUGUCCAGAGGAACGUGCAGAAGAGAGCAGUGAAGAAAAUGAGUGUCUUGGGGAGACAGACCUGUCUGGAGUGCAGCUUCGAGAUACCUGACUUCCCAAACCACUUUCCCACCUACGUUCACUGCUCGCUGUGUCGUUACAGCACUUGCUGCUCCAGAGCUUACGCCAACCACAUGAUCAACAAUCAUGUUCCUCGGAAGAGUCCUAAAUACUUGGCUUUGUUUAAAAACUAUACUGCCUGCGGUGUCAAGCUGUCCUGUUCCUCCUGCCUCUUUGUAACAUCAGAAGGUGACACAAUGGCAAAACAUCUGGUCUUCAAUCCAUCGCAUGAGUUUAGUAACAUUAUUUUCCGAGGGUCUACUUGGAUUUCACAUUCCAGGCAUAUCCAGCCCCAGGACAGAAGCACCAAGAAUGUAUUCCCCACGUAUUCCCCCAGCAAAGCUGCUACGGCGAAGACAAAGUCCACGUCACCUGCAAAAGAGAAUCUGGAGCCUGAAGCGGCCCUGGCAGCCUGUGYCAGACCUCUGCUCUGCCCGGAGGAGGAGUGCUUGAACAUCGAUGCUCCCGAGGAUGAGCAGCCCCCCAAGGAGCCCGGGGCGGUGGGCAGAAAGGAGCAGCUCUCGGUGAGGAAGCUGCGAGUCGUGCUCUUCGCCCUGUGCUGCAGCACCGAGCAGGCGGCGGAGCACUUCCGCAACCCCCAGAGGCGGAUCAAGCGCUGGCUCCGCCGCUUUCAAGCCUUCCAAGAAGAAAACUUGGCAUCUCUGUCAGAGGGCAAGUACCUCAGUUUGGAGGCUGAAGAGAAGCUAGCAGAAUGGGUGCUCACUCAGAGGGAGCAGCAGCUGCCUGUAAACGAGGAGACUCUCUUCCAGAAAGCGACCAAGAUCGGCCGAUCCCUCGAAGGUGGCUUCAAGAUCUCCUACGAGUGGGCGGUGAGGUUCAUGCUGCGGCACAAUCUCAGCACGCACACCUGCCGGGCGGUAGCGCGCCCCCUCCCCAAGGACGUGGAGGAAAGUGCCGGCUGCUUCAUCGAGUUUGUGCAGCGGCAGAUCCACACCCAAGACCUGCCUCUCUCCAUGAUCGCGGCCAUUGAUGAGAUCUCCCUCUUCCUGGACGUGGAGGUGCUGUGCAGCGAUGACAGGAAGGAGAACGCCUUGCAGACGGUGGGUACYGGGGAGCCCUGGUGCGACGUCAUCCUCACUAUCCUCGCCGACGGUAGCGUCCUCCCAACGCUGGUCGUUUACAGGGGUCACGUACAGCAGCCUGCCAACGUGCCAGAAUCUAUCCUGUUGGAAGCAAAGGAAAACGGCUACAGYGAUGAUGAAAUCAUGGAGUUGUGGGCGUCCAGAGUGUGGCAGAAGCACACAGAGUGUCAGAACAGCAAGGGCAUGUUAGUGCUGGAUUGCCACCGAACACACCUCUCGGAAGAGGUCCUGUCUUUGCUGAGCGCRUCCAGCACUCUGCCAGCUGUUGUCCCUGCUGGCUGCAGCUCCAAAAUUCAACCUCUAGAUGUUUGUAUAAAGCGGACUGUGAAAAGCUUCUUGCAUAAAAAGUGGAAAGAGCAAGCCAAGGAGAUGGCGGACUCGACAUGCGACUCAGACAUCCUCCUGCAGCUGGUGUUGUGUUGGCUGGCAGAGGUCCUGGAGGUCAUCAGUGACUGCCCGGAGCUCGUGCAGCAGUCCUUCCUGGUGGCCAGCGUGCUGCCCGGGCCGGACGGCACGGCCAACUCGCCCGCGCGCAACGCCGACAUGCAGGAGGAGCUCAUCGCCUCGCUGGAGGAGCAGCUGAAGCUGAGCGAGGAGCAGCAGCAGCAGCAGCAGCAGCAGCAGGAGGCCGAGCUCCAGGACGGGAUCCCAGCUGAGGAGGCUGCAGACCCGGAAAUCCUCCAGCAGCUCUUCGAAGGGGAAAGCGAGACUGGAUCCUUUUAUGGUUUUGAAGAUGCCGACUUGGAUCUGAUGGAAAUCUGAGCACUGAUCUGCAACUCGUGAUCCGGAAAGGGUUAUUUUUUAAAUAAAUGUUGGAUGAGACCAUUACACUUCCCUGUGGAUUUGUGGGUUUAGGAAAUUCGUAGGCGAUCACUCAGAUAAAUAGCCAUUUAUGCUGUUCAUUUAUAAGUUUUGUGCUUUUUUAAAAGAAAUCACUGUGUUGGUAUUUUCUGAAAAUAUAUUGUGGGUGAAUAUUUUUGCGUUUUCUUUACCUCACUGUAUCAUAGUUUUCUGUUUUUAUUGUGCAGAAAUGUUUUGAAUUAUACAUUGUCAAUGUGACCAUUUCUACAGAAAAGGGGGAAAAGAAAUGUAGCUAAUGAACCAGUAUAUAAAUCUCUUUGGUUGUCUUAACACAGGUAACUGUUUUAUGGUUUUUUGGGUUUUUUGUUUUGUUUUUUGUUUUGUUUUUUAACACUUGACCCAGAGAUUUGGUUUCUGUGGUAAAUUUAGAUAUAAAUUACUGUUUAAUGUGUGAACCUUCUAUAAUUGGCCAUCGCUUUUUUUUUUUUCUUUUUUUUUCUUUUUUUAUUGAGUAAUUAUUUUGCUUGUGAGGCAUGAGGUAAAAAACACAAGCGAAGGGAUUUUUUGCCUGUUCGGUGCCAGCAACGGCUCUCAGGAGCCGCUCAAAUUUGAGCUGGGCUUGAAGCGAGAUCCCCGCCUAGGGAGCGGGGUGCAGCAGGCUACAAAGCUCCUGCGGUGGAGGUGACUUCCUGAGCCAGCGGGCGCUGGUUCCGCUCCUCCAGCCUGGGAACCAUCUGCCAUCCGCCUUGCUCCAAAGCUCCUGCCCGAGGGUUCCUGCUGGACRAGGAAAGUCAGGUCUCUCUUGAUCCUCCUGGGCACUAGAGGGGAGUUGAAACCAUAUGGACCAUUGCAGGCUGACCUGGUAACUACUCCUAGCUGAUAAACCCGCUUUAACCAGUGGCAUCAGACACCCCGUUCCUUAGAAUUAGAAAUCUGAUUUAAUGAAACAAACUGUGAUGUGCACAAAAAAAAGACUUUUGUUUUUAUU